AUGCGUUCGCAUUCCCAUGAUCGCAUCUUCUUCGGACGGACAUUUCAAAUUGAGGGUGAAUUUAACGCGCAGAUCAGAGGGAGACUUCAAUUUUACCCAGCAACUGAGUGGAGUAUUGCCGGAAUUCCUACACUCAAUCUACACCGAUCUUCCAUCCCUCCACGUAUUCCAGAGUUCCCUGCACUAAGCAAUUUUCUGAAGAGAUUUAAAACUGGAUGCAAUCCAGAUUGUAUGCUUAAUUAUAGGUAUGACGUUGGUUCUGAGACCAGCGGUGACCUGGCUUACGAGUCAUUGUCCAUUGGGAGCGGCAGCGACAGCAUGAUUGCAGGGAUUGCUUUUGGAUGCGUCCAUAACAACCAAGGACGAGGAUUUUUUCAGGGUGGCGGUCUUGUGGGCCUUGGAACAAGUCCUAUCUCACUCAUCUCCAAGGUACAUAACAAAUUCACUUACUGUCUCUUGUCCAUCACGGACUCUCCUUCACAAACUAGCCCUCUCAUUUUCGGUGCGGCCGUAAAUAUUCAUUCUAGAACUUUUGAUCUGCAAUCGAACGGUGCCGGAGGCAUGAUCAUCGACUCGGGAGCCACAAUUACCUAUCUAGUCCAGAAAGCAAUUCAGAAUGCCAUUGAUCUUACCCCUACAGACGGAUCUUACUUAUGUAUUGCCAUUGAUCUCAACAUGCCUUGGUUGUCAUUAGUGAUUGGUUGGUAUAAAUGA